AUGUAUAUCGGCCUCUGGGUUCUUAACCUGAAGCCGGGGGCACCAUCGACGAUUCAACCUCGCCAUUUCGUCCACGUAUCCAACGCUGCGGUUGACUACUCUGGUGAUUGUGCCGAUAAUUCUGCCGAAAGUCCAAAGGGGAGAACUACCGUCAAACUCGUGGCGGAGAUCAUGGAAUGGGAUGAUGCUUCGAAGGCGAAAGCGCCGCCUGGUGACAUGGUGAUCACGUUGGGCUCGUUCAGUCCAGGCCAGGUGGAACAUCUCGCGCUCGAUAUCUUUCUUGAACGUGGCAAAUCCUAUCAAUUCGAGGCUGUUGGUUGCAACGAAAUCUCCCUCUCGGGUAACAUUAUUGGUGACGCCCAAUUUAACCCCCCGUCGGUGACGAGGCAAGGUAUCAAGCGUCGAAUGAGUCCGGAGCAAGACAACGACACCCAAGCAUCUACACUGAGAAAGGCGCCGAAGGUGGAUACAGCACGAAAUGUCCCUACCCCUCGAGAUAUUGGGAAUGUCAAAGUCGUGGACUGGAAACCGGGGUAUGCAGGGCCCAUCGUAGAAAAAGGAUUAUCUGAUGGUGUUAUUGGUAUGCGAGAGGCUGGUGAACGGGAAAUUAUGGUCCCGGAAGAUGAGAUCUGUGGACCAACGUCUAUUGUAUUUCGCCAUGAGUGA